AUGGCUGAGCAAACAUGUAGUAUCAUAUUGUCUGAAACAGGCAAUACUGUUAUCCGUCGUGAUCUAAGUGUCGAGAAUUUCGUUCUUGUCUGGCUCUGCAAAGAAUUUGACGAACGACAUGAAAAUGUUAAACACACUCUUCGUCAAGUUAUCAGCGUCGUCGAAAUAUUCAGAGAACAGAACUCUUGCGUUGAUUUUAUAACCAAUAACACUGAUGCUUUAGUCUUGUUUAUUGCGAAUGCUUCAGAUCACUUCAUUGUCUCUGCAGUGCAUGAUUUUCCACAAAUCAAAACGAUUUAUCUUCUUUCAACAUCAGAGCCAUGCGUGUCACCUUCGAUUGAAAGGUGCAUGAAAGAUCAUCUUAAAAUCAAGGGCAUUUUCUCCACUAUACAAGCAAUCGUUUCCCACCUCAAACAGGAUACGAAACGAGAUGAGCAUAAUAUGAUUGGCUUCGAAGUUGCGCCUGUUCAAUUGGCAUCUACCGAAAACAACAGAAACAUGCAGGAAGCUUCUUUCAUGUAUGCUCAGCUUCUCAAAGGCAUACUUAUUAACAUGAAGGACAAUGAUACGAGUGACAUGAUCGAGUAUUGCCGUCAAGAAAAUGCAAGCAACAAAGCAGCCCUCGAUAUUAUUCAAAAUUUUGAAUUGAACUACCGACCGGAGAGAGCCAUUUGGUGGUACUCAUUGGAUUCUUUUCUCUAUCGAAUUUUGAACCGAGCUCUGCACGUUCAAGACAUAGACACUUUGUAUCACUUUCGUGUUUUCAUUCGUGAUAUGCAUCGAACAGUUUCUCAGUUGCAUAUAGCAAUGAUGGCCAGCAAUGAAAGAAAAUUGACCAAACUCUAUCGUGGUCAGCUCAUUCCAUCGAAUGACUUCGAAAAAAUCCGGAGCAAUGUUGGUGGCCUCUUGUCGAUCAAUCGGUUUUUGUCGACAAGUGCAGAUCGAGAUUUGGCACUUGUUUUUGCUGGUAAAUCAACAAAUGAUGAUACAGCAGUUCUUCUUGAAAUUUCACUUGCUUCGAACCAUACUGACUCGAGCGCUCCAUUUGCUGGUAUCGCAGCUUACAGUCAAUUUGGUUCAGGUGAACGAGAAUAUCUUUUCUCAAUGGGCACUGUGUUCCGAAUUGACCGAAUCGAAGAUAUUGAUCAUGAUUGCGUUUGUAUACAUUUGACAUUGACUCAAGACAAUGAUCCGCAGUUGACUGCUCUAGCAAAGUACAUGUCAAUAGAACUACAUGAGCGAUACGAUUUAACAACUUUGGGCAUGUUUGUGCUCGAUAUUGGCGACUAUCACAGAGCAAAACAAUUUUUUGCUACUGCUCUAACUGCAGCAAAGACACCAGGCCAUCGGGUCAGGUGUCAUAAUCUUUUGGGCAUGGCUUAUGAAAAGUUGGGUGAUUACGAUAAGGCGCUAGAACAGUUUCAGCUAGAACUAAAAAUCCAUCGUCAAAACCUACCAGUGGAUCACCCUGUAUUCGCACCGACAUACAGUAAUAUUGCUGUAGUAUACAUGGAUCGGGGUCAGUUAGAUCUAGCACUGAAAUAUUUUCGAAGAGCCCUGAUUAUUGAACAGGCAGCCAUCGAGCCAAAUUAUGUGGAAUUAAGUGUCUAUCAUAGUCAUAUCGGUCUUAUUCUCAAAGCAAAAAGUCUUCUCAAGGAAUCAUUAGUUUAUCAAAAGAAAGCCCUUAGUCUUCGCCAAAUGUGCUUGCCGCCGAUACAUCCCAGUAUUGCUGAAGCUUACAAUAAUCUUGCUACGAUCUACUACGGUCUACAUCAAAAUGACAAAGCUAUUUGUAUGCAUAAAAAAAGCUUGGAAAUCGCAAAGAAGUCGCUUCCAACGGACGAUAUAUUAUUGGUCGUUCAACACACGAUCAUAGGAGCCAUACUCUAUUCACAAGACAAACUUGAUGAUGCCUUAAUGCAUUUUCAAGAAUCGCUGCGUAUUAAACUCAAAUCUCUGAAUCCUCUGCAUCCAGAGAUGGCUGGAACGUACGCUAGUUUGGGAAAUAUUUACAAUGCUUUACAAUCUUAUGACAAAGCUUUGGAAAUGUACGAAAAUACAGUCAAACUUUACCGAGUCACCCUUAUGAGGAAGCAUCCGGAAAAACUCGUCGAUACUAUGUCCAGCUUGAUUGAAUGCCUAGUUAAGCUUGGACGCACUGAUGAGGCUCGUGAACGAAUUCGCGAGCAUUACGAGUGGUCAAAUCGAACAUUGUGGCACACCGAUGAAGAAGCACGAGCGCUUCAGAACAUCUUGGAAUCGAUUCUCGAUAAAGUACCUCUUAUCCCCUCCAUUGAAGAAAGAGUCAUAUGA